ACCAAAACAGCAGCAGCAUCCAACUCUGCAGACAGACCCACGCUCGCACGCGCGAAGAUGCCUCAGUCCAGCAGCUCCACGUCCUCCGCCAAGAGCAUCCGCAGAGCCGCGUCCGAGCUGGAGAGGUCCGACUCCAUCACGUCAGUGAGGUUCCUCGGCAGACGCCAGAGUCUGAUCGACGACGCGCGCAAGGAGCGCGAGGCUGCGGCGGCGGCGGCGGAGGCUGCGGAGGCCGCCGAGCACAUCGUGUUCGAGGAGGAGGACGGCAAAGCGCUGCUGAACAUCUUCUUCACCCUGAGGAGCUCCAAGACGGCCGCCGUGUCCCGGACUCUCAAGGUGUUCGAGACCUUUGAAGCCGUCAUCCGUCACCUGGAGACGCGUCCGUGCCUGAAGCGGAAGGACAGCCUGGAGGCUCUGGAGUACCUGGUUCGCUGUGAGGUCCACCUGUCUGACGUCAGCACUCUGGUCAGCUCCCUGAAGAGGAAUGCAGAAGACGUCAAGACCACCAAAGAAGUCAAAUUUCACUGGUUUCCAAAGAAAAUUGCAGAUUUAGACAGAUGUCACCACCUGGUUACCAAAUUUGAUCCAGACUUGGAUCAGGACCAUCCUGGCUUCACAGACCCGGUCUACAGAGCAAGGAGGCAGAUGAUCGGAAGCAUUGCUUUCUCUUACAAGCAUGGGCAGCCCAUCCCCAGAGUGGAAUACACCGAGGAGGAGAUCGGCACUUGGCGGAAGGUCUUCUCCACCCUGAGGGAUCUGUACAACAGCCACGCCUGCAGCGAGCACCUGGACGCCUUCCGUCUGCUGGAGCGGCAUUGUGGGUACAGCCCAGACAACAUCCCCCAGUUGGAGGACGUGUCCCGCUUCCUCAAAGAGCGCACCGGCUUCCAGCUGCGUCCGGUCGCAGGUCUGCUCUCCGCCAGAGACUUUCUGGCCAGCCUGGCGUUCCGCGUGUUCCAGUGUACCCAGUACAUCCGGCACGCCUCCUCCCCCAUGCACUCUCCAGAACCGGACUGCGUCCACGAACUUCUGGGUCACGUCCCCAUGCUGGCUGACCGCACCUUCGCUCAGUUUUCACAGAACCUGGGUCUGGCGUCGCUGGGGGCAUCAGAUGAAGACAUCGAGAAGUUGUCCACGCUGUACUGGUUCACGGUGGAGUACGGCUUGUGCAAACAAAACGGCGAGGUGAAGGCUUACGGCGCCGGGCUGCUCUCCUCCUAUGGAGAGCUGGUGCACUCUCUGUCUGAUGAACCAGAGACCCGAGAGUUCGAUCCCGAGACUGCCGCUCUGCAGCCCUACCAGGACCAGAACUACCAGCCCGUCUACUUUGUUUCUGAGAGUUUUUCAGACGCCAAAGAGAAAUUCAGGAAGUACGUGUCUGGAAUCAAGCGUCCGUUCUCCGUUCGCUUUGAUCCGUUCACCUCCAACAUCGAGGUUCUGGACAACCCUCUAAAGAUCCAAGGCGGCCUGGAGAGCGUGAAGGACGAGCUGAAGGUUCUGACCGACGCCCUCAGCGUUCUGUCAUGAUGGAUCCGGUCAGCCAGCGGCCCGCUCUCAUCAUCUGCCCUGACGCCACCUGCUGUGCUCUGAUUGGCUGACGCUGCUGCAGCCUUAAACCUGAAGCCGCGGUGGUGGAGUGGGGGGGGGGCACUUUUAGCUUUGAAAAUUGUUUCAAAAUAAAGCAUCAAACGGGACUGUGAUUAUGAAUGUAUGAAAACAGGAAAACAAGCCAGGCAGGAAUAUUUUCAAAAUAAAAGAAUCUUAAUGGUCUCAAUAAAAGUUUAUAUUUCAAACUCUUAUUUUAACAGAAAUUAAAACCUGCUUGUUAAAAUAUUUCAAACUGAGUGUGAACUCAGUUCACGUGUUUGUGUGAGAUAGUCAAUCCAGUUCACCCUCGUCUUGUAUGUGAUGCUGUUGUUGUCCUUCACAGUAAAGCGCACAGUAAAAAAAACAUCAACCGUCUGUGUAAUUCUCUGUUUCUGACAAUUGAAAAAAAAACCCAAAAGAACCACAGAGGACGAUUUUAGAGGGAAAACGACUUUUGUUUCUGGAAUAAAAGUGACAGGUUGGGAAUUUGGAUCAUAUUCCAGAUCUCAUUUAGUAAAACGUGAAAGUUUGAAACAAUUUAACCUGGAUUUAUGUGUAACCGUCUUCUGCUCUGUGUUGUGUUGUUACUUUAUGCUUGUGCUGCACCAGGAAGCCACAUAGCACCAGGAGGAAUUUCAUAGGAACAGUCUCCAUAUAUUCUCUGUUUAUAACAAAAUAUGGCGUCAGCGUGUGCCGCGCUCCACAGAAAUUACAUAUAAAGGAAAAUAUACAUCCCAUACUCACCUCUUCCGAAUUAAGAAAACAGCCAAAGGGAAGAGGGAGGGCGGAGCAUCAACUUAUAUUUGGGAUCUGAAGGAACCUAUUAGCAUGCGACCCAAUUGCCAGGUGUAAAAUAAAAAUAAAAAAA